UGGUGCAAGAUCCGUGCGCGCGCACUUUACAUUACCCUUGCUGCAUAACAGGAAACAAUUUCAUUGAAAAUGGCGUCUGUGAAAAGUGCACCUAAAGAUGCUCAGGUUAUGGUGCAGAUUCUCAAAGAUAUGGGAAUUACAGAGUAUGAACCAAGAGUAAUUAAUCAAAUGUUGGAGUUCACGUAUAGAUAUGUGACAACAAUAUUGGAAGAUGCAAAAAUCUAUUCGUCUCAUGCAAAGAAGUCAAAUGUUGAUGCAGAUGAUGUAAGGUUAGCAAUACAGUGCCGAAUGGACCAGUCGUUUACAUCGCCACCACCCAGAGACUUUUUAUUGGAGGUAGCAAGGCAGAAGAAUCAAACUCCUCUGCCCUUAAUAAAGCCAUACUGUGGACCCAGACUUCCCCCAGACAGAUAUUGCUUAACAGCACCCAACUACAGACUGAAAUCUCUCCAAAAAAAGGGUUCUUCUGUUGGAAGAAUAACAGCACCACGGCUAAGUGUUGGUGCCGUCACUAGUCGACCAAGUACACCAACUCUUGGUAAUCCUGCUCAGACUGUAUCAGUUACCAAUAAACCUGUGACACCAGUAUCACUCUCUGGUCAGCGAUUUACAGUACAGAUUCCAACCUCACAGUCUUCAACAAUUAAAUCAGCUGCAACAUCUACAAAUACAGUUCAGAAUGUACUCAUUAACCCAUCUUUAAUUGGUUCAAAAAAUAUUGUCAUCACAACAAAUAUGGUUUCUUCGCAAACGUCAAGUAAUGAAGCAAAUUCCUUAAAAAGGAAACAUGAAGAUGAUGAUGAUUAUGAUGCUUUAUGACCCGUCAGUUGUCUGCAAAAAGAUGUCUAUGAAGUUGUUGUACCUGGUUUUAAAUGUUAGAAGGCUAACCCUCUGUUAAUUGUAUUGUAAUUAUUUAGUUUUAAAAAAGCAUAUUACACAAGUUGAAUGUAGAGGAUAGUAGAUGUUAACAGGAGCAUAACUGUAUAUGAUGUGAAUCUCUGAAUUGAAAAAAAGUUUAUAAACUGUUCAAUGAUUUCCUAAGUCUUUUACAUAUUUUUUUUUUUUAAUUCUGUUAAUGUCUUAAAAAUACAUUUAGGCUGUAUUUAUGUAUUAAGGAGAACACAUUAACUAUUUGAUAACUUUAAUUGGACUGCCACCUGUUUGGUGUCAUAUUCCAGGCACUCAAUGUAGGCUGUUUAAACAGUGUUGUAAAGCUCGAAAUACAUUUUACACUUUUGAACAGAUACUGAGUAUUCUGUAAUUUUAGGUAAUUCUAAAUUGUACAGAGACAGUAAAAUAUCCAUAUUUUUUGAAGAAUACUAUCUGGUGUCUCCUACAGAUCUUUUCAAAAAGAGUUAUGUUGAUCCUCAAAAUAUUUAAUUUGUAAUUUUUUCAACUUUUUGCAUUCAGAGGUUCUGUUUACUGUUAAGUUAUUGUUGGUAAGAUUACUAAUUAAAAUUUGAAAGGUGAAGGAUUGUUGAAAGCAUUCUAGUUUUUUAACUUUAUAAAUUAUUUUAUUUGUCUGUUGCAGUACAAUUUCACAGUUUUAUAAAUAGUAAACUCUUUAGAGGAUUGUCUGUGCUAGUCUGUCAAAGGGCAGUGCUAGUACUAGGGAAUAAUUACACUACAAUAUCUGUCACCAAAUUUUCUAUUCCCCGAAAAAAGGAGAAUUCACAUGUUUAAAGCUGUUUUCAUGGGACUGUCUUUACACACUGGCUUUGCUGUGGAUAUGGCCUUCUGCAUGCCCUUUUGAAAAUUACAGAUGCCUACCUCAGUACAGCCUCUGACCACUUUGAAUUUCUUUGUCUACUUUUGACUACACCUUUUUCUUCAGAAAUUACAAAUUUUCUUAGGUUGGUACAAUAGCUUAUUGUAUUGUUAAGUUUUUGUAGUACCAUGUAUAGUUGCGUAUAAGUCUGGUCUUGAAACCCAAAAAAUCAAUCAUAAAAUCAGACCCCGACUUGUACGCCAUUUAAAAAUACGACUAUUUAUUUAUUUAUUUUUAAUUUUGUACAUCUUCUAGCUUAUUCUCGCACCAGUUUCUCAGACACCUCAAAUUUUCUUGCAGCAGCGCAUUUACCAAUUUCUUUCGCCAGUUCAUCAACUUUUAAUUUUAAACCAGUUUAUUAUUUUCUGAUCGAAUGCUCCAUC